CACGCCCCCUCAAACGAAAGCCGACUCAUGGGCUUGAAGUUUGCACAGGCCCACCAUACCAUGUGCUUGAAAGACAACGGUUAAUAUUGGGGGUUGUGGAGAUUCGAACACAUGACCUUUCAGUUCUAGGCUCUGAUACCAUGUCAAUAACCAGUUGAUCCCAAUAACUCGAGUUGUUGAGAGAAGGUUAUGCUGGAUCUUAUACAGGUUCGUGUGUGGUGCUUAACCACUUCCUUACAAAAACCACAAGACAAACGUAACUCGCAAAUCAAAGAGAAAAUGACGUUGUUUCACUUGUAACUUGGAAACCUUGUUGCGUGUCACACCGAAAAAUGUGUGACACCCAUUUUCCUGAUCGGGUUUGGGUCAAUUCACUCGGAUUGAUCCACGAGUUGACAACAUUGACCAAUGUCGUACCCAAAACUCAUUUAAAAAUUAUAAACUUAUAUAUAUUUCACCUAUACCCUAAAGUUAAAUUCAGUGGGCAAUUGACAUCCCUAGUUUUUUCCCUCGUUUCCUAGGCAUUACUUCGUAGGAUUAUCUCACUCAGGCAAGCGAAGUCAGUAGCAAGGAACGACUGUGAAUGCGGUGGUGGACCGAAGACGGCGAGGUUUCUUCUAAUCAAAUUCAACGGACGCCUUCAGGCUCCAGUCAGUUAUCGUCCCAUCUCGGCCUGGAAGAGGACUGAGAAGGUAAUCUAAUCAACCAGUCGUUCGUCUAUUGCUUCUCCCCAAGUCCUCGCUUCUUUUCAGGUUCUUAGCAUCAGUACCUUCAAAAUUCUGCGGUUCUACCACAGCCUCUUGGGCGUGUUCCAAUUCAAUUGUGCUGUUUAAACCUCCUGGCCGUUCAACCAAACGAAUUUCUCUUCCUUCCAACUUCCGAUUCGCCUAACUAGCUUCAAGAAUUCAUCUAUCAGCCAUGGCAACUGCUUAAGCGCGGCCGAAACACGCAUCUCCUGUGUAGCGAACCCUAGAUCCUCAUUUUGUUUUUGUCAUUGCUCUGCUGCUGCCUUUUUCUUUCGAUAGCUAGAGGAUUCAUGAGUGGUAGCCGGCACAGGGCCCUUGGAGGAGGGGUUCAGCAGCAUGUCUUGGAUUACCUGAAGCGGAUGCAGGUCGAAAGGCCUGGUUUUUCUUACGAAAUUCAAAAGGGCCAUGAGAAUGAGAAUUCCGGAGGUGGGGUUGUAUUCUGGGCGGAUCCCGUCUGCAAGAUCAACUAUAGCUUCUUUGGAGAUGCUGUCACCUUCGACACAACAUACAGAACUCACCGCUUUAAGGUUCCGUUCGCCUCCUUCGCUGGAAUCAACCACCACGGGCAGCCUGUGCUGUUUGGUUGUGCACUCAUCUUCGAUGAAUCCGAGUCGUCAUUUCUCUGGCUGUUCCAAACCUGGCUUCGAGCUAUGGGAUCCCUUCCACACCCUGUCUCGCUCAUCAUUGAGCCCGAUCGGAACAUUGAGUUGGCUGCUGCUCAAGUUCUUCCCCAGACCCGACAUAGGUACUGUAAACAAGAGGUCUUGCAACAAACAUUGGAGAAACUUUCUGAUGUAUCCCAAUCACAUCCAGGUUUUGGUGCUGAAUUCAAGCAGUGCAUCGACGGAGCUGAGACAAUUAAUGAGUUUGAAUCACAUUGGCAAUCUUUGCUUCAGAGGUACUAUCUCAUGGAUAAUCAGUUGCUUCAGUCCAUGUAUGCAACGCGGGAACAGUGGGUGCCGGUUUAUAUGAGGAACACAUUUUUCGGACAGUUGUCAGGAAAUGGUGGUGGUUUGAACUCGUUCUUUGAUGGUUUUGUGACAGCUUCGACUACUAUGCAGAUGAUAGUGAAACAGUACGAAAAGGCUCUAGCAAGCUGGAAUGAGGAAGAACUGAAAGCAGAUCACGAGACUACCAACACUACACCAUCUCUGAAGACUCCUUCCCCAAUGGAAAGACAAGCAGCAAACUUGUAUACCAAAAGAAUAUUCAUGAAGUUCCAAGAGGAAUUGGUUGAAACUCUUGCUAAUCCAGCAACUAAGGUCGAUGAUUCAGGAGAUGUUGUCCGAUAUCGUGUGGCCAAGUUUGGAGAAGACCACAGAGGACAUACCGUCAGCUUCUGUUCGUUUGAGAACAAAGCUACUUGCAGCUGUCAGAUGUUUGAAUUUUCAGGGAUAAUCUGUAGGCAUGUAUUAGCAGUUUUCAGAGCCAAAAAUGUUCUCACACUUCCUUCUCAUUAUAUAUUGAAACGAUGGACAAGAGAUGCCAGGACUGGUGGUGCUAUUCUGGAACAAGAAUGCGGUUCUGAAAUACCAAAUGGUACUCCCGAGUCCUCAACAUCUAAGUAUAACAAUUUGCGUCAGGAGGCAAUCAAAUAUGUGGAAGAAGGGGCCAAAUCGAUUCAUGUUUACAAGGUGGCAAUGAAUGCAUUGCAAGAGGCUGCCAAGAAGAUUUCUGCUGUGAAUAGUGGUUUACCUUCAGGUACACCUUCAACCAAUGGAAGUGGUCAAGACCUGCUACCGGCGAUUGGAGAAAGUGAAUCAGCAGCAGCAUCCCAAUCAGUGGAUGAGAAGGAAAAGAAGAUUCAGGACCUGACGAUGGAAUUAGAGAAGACUAACCAAAGAUGUGAAGUAUAUCGAACGAACUUGCUAGCCGUGUUGAGAGAUAUGGAAGAACAGAAAAUGAAGUUGUCGGUGAAAGUCCAAAAUGCACGGUUAAGUAUGAAAGAAUGAAUGGUGUUAUCUGAUCCGCAUAUGUGAUCUGUUAAUCCAACCAUGGCGAGAUAAAGUUUGGACGAGGAGUUGAGAGUUCGGGGUUGCACUUCUCAGUAUGGCUGCUGAGUGCUGAUAUAAGUCGUGGUAACGCCACGAUUUCUUCAUAUUUGAUCGACUUGAUGGUGAUGGAGAUGAAUGUGAUGCAAGGCCUGAUCCCGCCAUUAAAGGUGCUCUCCUUGCCUAUCACUUGCCUCCCAGGAAAUCAGGCAGUAGAGUUUGUCGAAUUUGCAGUUUGUUACUUGUUGUUCAUUGACCCAAAAUAAGAUUUUGUUACUUGUUAGUCAAUAUGCCAGGAAGAAUGCUGGAAUACAAGGUGGCAUGAGCUUUUAUUGCCUUCUAAUGUGUAUACUAAGAAAAGGACUUAGUAUGGGGUUCAUUACACAGCAUUUAUAAUCACACCAUUUAUGUUUGGCCAUGGACCAAAUGGUAAUUUAUGUUUGAUUCUUAACAAUACUAGGUUGAGAACCUGUGCACAAUUAUUGUUUAUAAGUAAUAUAUUAAACAAAAAAAAAAGGAACGUUAUGUAAUAUAAUUUUCAAAUCGUGUAAAUCGAAAAAUGAAACGAUAUAGUUUAAGUCCGGUUCAAGAAAGAGUGUGAUCAUUCACAUAUAAGAUUAAGUUGAAACUACCGAGUCAAACUCCCUUUAAAAUACCACUUCUGAGCUAUGAGAGUAAAAUGGAUUGGAUAGCCAAUGAUGCUAUUGCUGGAAGUUUGGUACUUGUAUUUGGGAUAUGCAGAAUACCGUACCGUAUUUGAUAUUAUCGAAUACAUGUAUUAUUUUAUUGGAUUGCGAUAUAUACCGAAAUAAAAACUAGUGUAUAUUUUAUCCAUCAACUAUGCUCCUUCACUCACUACUGGACCCUCAACAAUCAAGAUUGCCACUCAUCGGAAGCAUAGUUCAUUCUCUCACUAUUUCACAACUAAUACAAACACAUUUUGUUACUAUAGUAUGUUUAUGGUUUGCUUAGUCAAACCAUGUUUCAAUUUGUUGCUGUAGUUUGUUAAAAUGCUUCAUAGGCACCACAUUUUUCUAGUUUGUUGUUAUUAUACUUUAGAUUAAUUUUCCAUCUGUGUUUGCAAAUUGUGUUGGCACCCCGAUCUGUUUUUACAUAUUUUGAGAAAGAUUUGUGAAGCUAUUAUUUGAGUGUGCAUAAUUGAUUUGUAAUGUGAAGAAAAUUAAUUUGGUAUAUAUCGAUACCAAAUUUUAUUUUAGGAAUUGGGAUUAAGAUACCAAAAUUAUUUUUUGGAAUAGGGAUUUGGAUUGAAUUUAGGGCACUAUUUGAUGAUUGAGAUUUCGAUAUUUGAUAUUAAGAUACUGAUACCGUACUAAUUUCCAACUCUAAAUAAAACCCCACUAAGACACAACUUCUAAGCUGUGCCACUAAAUUGGACUCUAUGCAAAAGCAAAUUAUCUAUCUACACUUAAUAUAAUGGUGAAUGGGAAAAGUAAAGUGAGAGGUCCUAUUUCAAAUUUCGUAACUUAGAGAAUGAUUCUAGUAAGGUAAUUUUUGUUAUUACACCCAGUUUUUCUUUAUAUACUAAAAUGUCACAUUGUAUUUAUUGCUAUUUCUUUGAUUAAACUCUAGAAACAUGUUUGGUGUUGAGGCUUUCAUAUUUAUAUAUUUUACGUGAAGUUAUUUAUAUCUUAUAGAAAGAGAUUAAUUUCGAAAUCAGAACUUAAGUAACAUUUAUUCAAACAUUAAAUAUCAAAUUGUAUGUGUGAUUUAGCUUAGACAAUAUAGAUAUGUAACUAAAACAUGGACCUUUGU